GCAGGCUGGAGACAAGCACUAUCACCCGAGCUGUGCGCGAUGCAGCAGAUGCCACCAGAUGUUCACCGAAGGAGAGGAAAUGUACCUGCAAGGUUCCACGGUCUGGCAUCCCGACUGUAAGCAAAGCACCAAGGCGGAGGAGAAGCUGCGGCCCACAAGGUCAUCUUCUGAAAGUGUCUAUUCCCGGGCUGGAUCCAGUAUACCGGGCUCCCCGGGUCACACCAUCUGUGCUAGAGUGGAUGACGAAAUCCUGGAUUACAAGGACCUCGCCGCCAUCCCCAAAGUGAAAGCCAUCUACGACAUCGAACGCCCCGACCUCAUCACCUAUGAAUCCUUCUAUACGUCCACUUAUGAAGACCGCCAAGAGAGGCAGAGCGUGGGUGAGUCACCCAGGACUCUGUCCCCGACUCCAUCUGCGGAGGGAUACCAGGAUGGACGGGAACGGAUAAUCCAGAGAUCUACCAGUCAGGGAUCCAUCAACUCUCCUGUGUACAGCCGCCAUAACUACACUCCCACCAUCUCCCGCUCACCCCAGCACUUCCACAGACCCGAGCUGUUGUGUACUGGUGUGCAGCGCUUCUCGUACACCCGCACCGGCAGCUUCAGCUCCACCCUCAGCGACUCCCGUCCCAACUCCCCUUUCAGACAUCACCCGAUCCUCCAUGUCAAAGGCACUGAGCCCAACAGCGGCAGGAACUCCCCUCUCCCAUAUCGGCCGCUAACGCCUACAUACUCUCAGGCCACCAAACAUUUCCAUAUUCCAGACCAGGGCGUGAACAUGUACCGGAAGCCUCCGAUCUACAAGCAGUAUGAUGCAGCUGCCAUGGCAGCCUUCGUCAACAGCUCCGACGAUAUCAUCAAAUCCUCCAAGUUUCCGGCCGCCUACGCUCCAGCACCCAACGAAGUCCCAAAGACUGAGACCGACUACUGGCCAGGUCCACCCUCACUCGCCGCCAUAGGUGACCCCAGGAGGCGGUCGAGCGGCCGGGAUGAAGAUGACGAGGAACUGUUAAAACGUCGCCAGGUGCAGGAGGAGCAGUUAAUGAAGCUGAAUUCGGGUCUGGGUCAGCUGAUACUGAAGGAGGAGAAGGAGAGCCGAGAGAGGCCGCACUCCGCCAGCCGAUACGACCCCGCCGUCUUGGCCGCUCUCCACUCCGACGCGUCCAAGACGUCAUCUCUUCCGGGGUACGGGCGCAACGGACUCCACCGGCCGGUGUCCACGGACUUCGCCCAGUAUGACAGUUACGGGGACAUAAGCGGUGACGUCCGAGAUUAUCAGUCACUGCCCGAUGGUCACGUUCCCGCCAUGAGAAUGGAUAGGGGUGUCUCUAUGCCCAACAUGUUGGAACCAAAGAUUUACCCCUAUGAGAUGCUGCUGGUAACAAACAGAGCUCGGAACAAGAUCCUGAGGGAUGUGGACCGGACUAGACUGGAGCGUCACCUGGCCCCCGAAGUGUUCCAAGAGGUCUUCAGGAUGACGAUACAAGAGUUCGACAAGCUGCCGAUCUGGAGACGUAAUGAGUUGAAGAAGAGGGCCCGGCUGAACGAGAGUGCAAGUUGCCUGGAGGAGCUUUAUUUUUCCGUGUGCUUGUGUGAGAGAAUUGUCGGUAUAACGCUGGGCUGA